UUAAUUAUUAAAUAUAAUGUGCCCAAACUGUUGCAUAGCGUGAAUAGCUAAAAUAAAUACAAAAGCGUUGGCAACAUUUGGAAAUAUGCAGCGCUUGUGGCAAGUGUUGCAUGCACUGCUGCUGCUGCAGCUGCAACUGACGACAGCACAAAUUGAUAACAACUACUAUCUGCAGCAGCAACAACAACAACAACAGCAGCAGCAGCAACAACAACAGCAGCCGCUGUUGCCAAGCUCCGCCAGCACGCCCUAUGACAAUACACAGCUCUAUGGCGGUAAUCCGAAUCUCAAUCCCAAUCUCAAUGCAAAUGCAAAUCCCACGCUCUUCCGCACUGAUGGCGCUUAUAAUGAGCUGGGCCAACAGAAUGACUACAACAAGCCACGUCUGGGCGCCUAUGAUCCCGAGGAGCCGAGCUUAAAUCGCGGCAAAUCCUCAUACAACAUCAAGGCUACAUUUUUGGAUACGCUACAUAAUCGCGAGCCCACCUACUUUAUAGUUGCCUCGCGCAUGGUGCGUCCGGGUCUCAUCUAUCAGGUGUCCGUCUCCAUACUCCAAGCCAAAUAUCCCAUAACAGUUCACGCUAGUAUCAGCUGCGAUGGCGUGCAGAUCAGCGGUGAUUCCAAGGAUGUCAAGGAGGGCGUGCCCGAGACUCUGCUCAUGCGCAUACCGCCCACCAGCGUCAAUGGCGACUACAGACUGCGCGUCGAAGGCUUCUAUCAGAAUGUCUUUGGUGGCGUGGCCUUCCUGAAUCACACGCGUCUGGACUUUAGCCAGCGCUCCAUGACGAUCUUUGUGCAAACAGAUAAACCGCUUUAUAUGCAGGGAGAAACAGUGCGCUUCCGUGCUCUGCCUAUUACUACCGAACUCAAGGGCUUCGAUAAUGCUAUAGAUGUUUAUAUGCUGGAUCCGAAUCGUCAUAUACUCAAGCGUUGGCUGUCGCGUCAAUCCAAUUUGGGUUCCGUUUCGCUGGAGUACAAGUUAUCCGAUCAGCCCUGCUUUGGUGAAUGGACUAUACGCGUUAUAGCGCAAGGACAGCAGGAGGAGAGCCACUUUACCGUUGAGGAAUACUAUCAGACGCGCUUCGAAGUGAAUGUCACUAUGCCUGCUUACUUCUUUACCACCGAUCCGUUUAUCUAUGGACGUAUCAUGGCCAACUUUACCAGCGGCUUGCCAGUGCGUGGCAAUCUAACGCUGAAGGCCACCAUACGUCCCAUAGGCUACUUUAGCAAUCAAGUGUUGAACGAAAAGUUUCGCUUGGGACGCUCGCCGCUGGAGCAGCAGAAUUUGUACCUGGAGCGCGGGCGCUACAAUAAUCCAAAUUUGAAUCCACAACAGCCUUACAAUAUACCCCCACAGCUGCCGCAGGAUGGCGUGGAUCUGCCGCAGGAUACGCUCUAUCGCAAUCAGUAUGUCGUGGAGCGUAACUAUCAGUUCGAGGAGCAGUGGCCAUUUUGGGUGCGCAAGCCCGAAUACUUUGAAAACUACGACAGCUGGCGCAGCACCUAUAGAAAUGCUUUACCCUUUCUGCGCUACUUCAAUGGCACCUUUGAUUUUAAAUGGCCGCUGCGUGAGCUGGAGCUGCUGGUGCCCAAUUUGGCCAAUAUGGAAAUACUUAUUACAGCCACUGUGGGUGAAAAGUUCUACGAUGAAGUCAUCAGCGGUUAUGCCGUGGCGCGUGUGUACAAUUCCAGUCUGCGUGUUGCUUUCAUGGGUGAAUCCCCGCAAGUCUUUAAGCCAGCUAUGCCAUUUACUACUUAUAUUGCUGUGGAGUAUCAUGACGGUUCGCCCAUUAAUCCGAAUUUGCUGCGCCAGGGCCUGAUGGAGGUCAGCGGCUUUGUAGAGAGUCGCAAUGGUGGCAGACGCGAUUGGCCCGUUCAACGCUUGCACAUGUCGCAGCAGAACGAUGGCGUUUGGGAGCUGAAGAUUGAUAUUCGCAACGAUUUGAACCUGGAUGAGCGCCCACAGUCGCGAGACUUUCUCAAUGGCAUACAGAAUAUGCGACUGCAGGCUGUAUUCUUGGAUCCGCGCGGAGAGCGCUUGAGCACGGAGCUGCUGCUUGUAUCGCAUUACUCGCCAAGGAAUCAGCACAUUAAGAUCACCACGAGCACGGAGCAGCCAGUGGUGGGCGAAUAUAUCAUCUUCCACAUACGCACCAACUUUUAUCUGGAGGAGUUCAACUAUCUGAUUAUGUCCAAGGGUGUUAUAUUGGUUAACGACAGAGAGACCAUCACCGAAGGCAUACGCACCAUAGCAGUGGUCUUAAGCGCCGAGAUGGCACCAGUGGCCACCAUGGUGGUAUGGAAGAUUACACCGCAAGGUCAAGUCGUUGCUGACUCGCUUACGUUCCCAGUCAAUGGCAUAAGUCGCAAUAACUUUACAGUUUAUAUUAAUAAUCGCAAGGCGCGCACUGGCGAGAAGGUCGAGGUGGCCAUCUUUGGUGAGCCUGGCAGCUUUGUAGGCCUCUCGGGCAUUGAUAGCGCGUUCUAUACAAUGCAGGCGGGCAAUGAGCUGACCUAUGCCAAGAUUAUAACCAAAAUGAGCAACUUUGAUGAGCAAACCAAUGGCACCUAUAAACACAUAUGGUAUUCGCAUGAAGGUAAUCCCGAUGAGCUGGUCUAUUUCCCAGCCAGUAGCUUUGGCAUUGAUGCCAAUCGCACGUUCGAGUACAGCGGUCUUAUUGUAUUUACGGAUGGUUAUGUGCCCAGACGACAGGAUAACUGCAAUCGCACUUUGGGCUAUGGCGAAUGCUUGAGCGGACGCUGCUAUCGCUUGGAGAAACGUUGCGAUGGCAUGUUCGAUUGCGAAGAUGGCACAGAUGAGAUUGGCUGCAUGAUCAGGAAUGACACAGAGCUGCUGAACUAUCGCAAGUAUCGCUUUAAUCGCGUGCUGCGGCAUUACGAGAACGUUUGGCUGUGGAAGGAUGUGAACAUAGGACCACAUGGACGCUAUAUAUUCAAUGUGGAAGUGCCGGAUCGCCCAGCGUAUUGGAUGGUGAGCGCGUUUAGUGUAAGUCCCUCUAAAGGAUUUGGCAUGUUGAAUCGCGCGCUGGAGUAUGUGGGCGUCCAGCCGUUCUUUAUCAAUGUGGAAAUGCCCAAUGUAUGCAGACAGGGUGAACAGGUGGGCAUUAGGGUGACCGUAUUCAAUUACAUGACCACACCCAUUGAAGCUACAGUCGUGCUGCAUGGCAGCCCCAACUACAAGUUCGUGCAUGUGGAGGAGGAUGGCAUUGUGCGCAGUUAUAAUCCACGCACCAGCUUUGGUGAGCAUCAGUUCUUUAUCUAUCUGGAUGCGCAGGGUACGACAGUGGUCUAUGUGCCAGUGGUGCCGCAAAGACUUGGAGAUAUUGAAGUCACAUUGCAUGUGGCCACGUUGCUGGGCACGGAUACAAUCAAGCGCAUGCUGCAUGUGGAGUCCGAUGGUCUGCCGCAAUAUCGUCAUCAAUCUGUGCUUCUGGAUUUGUCCAAUCGCGCUUAUGUCUUGGAGUACAUGCAUGUGAAUGUUACACAAACUCCAGAGAUACCCUAUCAAGUGGAUCGUUACUUUGUCUAUGGCUCCAAUCGUGCGCGCAUUUCAGUUGUCGGCGAUGUCGUGGGUCCCAUCUUCCCUACUAUGCCUGUCAAUGCCAGCUCUUUGCUUUAUCUGCCCAUGGAGUCGGCGGAACAGAACGCUUUCAGCUUUGCUGCCAAUCUUUAUACCAUUAUGUAUAUGCGUUUGAUUAAUCAGCGCAAUAAAACGCUGGAGAAGAAUGCCUUUUAUCAUAUGAACAUUGGCUAUCAGCGUCAGCUUAGCUUUAUGCGUGCCGAUGGCAGUUUCAGCUUGUUCCGCUCCGAUUGGAACAACUCGGACUCGUCAGUUUGGCUUACCAGCUACUGCUUGCGCGUCUUCCAGGAAGCUUCGUUCUAUGAGUGGGAGAACUUUAUCUGGAUUGAUGCCGCCAUUAUAGAGAAGAACAUGCGCUGGCUGCUGCAACAUCAAUCGCCCGAGGGCGCCUUCUAUGAGGUCACCUGGCUGCCGGAUCGUAAAAUGAAUCGCACCAACUUUGCCGGCUAUACGCAGCUGCGUAAUCGCAACAUUACUUUGACUUCCCACGUGCUCAUUACUCUGGCUACUGUUAAAGAUCUUUCGGGCACUUUGGGCUCACGUGUUGCUUUGGCGCAGCAGCGCGCCAUUGCCUGGAUUGAGCGUAAUCUGCAGUUCCUGCAAGACACCAAGGAACCCUACGAUGUAGCUAUCACUGCUUAUGCCUUGCAGCUUUGCAACUCGCCCAUUGCUGAACAUGUCUUUGCCAUACUGCGAGGACAUGCGCGCACUAUAGGCGACUUUAUGUAUUGGGGCAAUCAGGAGCUGCCACAACCGCCACGCAAGCUAGAGAAUCAAAAAUGGUUUACUCUACCACGUCUGCCGUAUGAAUACGAUUCACUGAAUAUAGAAACAACUGCAUAUGCUCUGUUGGUUUAUGUGGCGCGUCGUGAGUUCUUUGUGGAUCCCAUUGUGCGCUGGCUGAAUGCUCAACGUCUCAAUGAGGGCGGCUGGGCGUCAACGCAGGAUACAAGCGCUGCAUUGCGCGCCUUGGUGGAAUAUACAGUGCGCUCCAGAAUCAGGGAUGUUUCCUCGCUGAGCGUUGAAAUUGAGGCAAGCUCACAGGGCGGCAAGACGCAGGAGCUGCAUAUCGAUGACACUAAUCUGGCGCGUUUGCAGAGCAUUGAGAUACCCGAUGCCUGGGGCACUAUCAAAGUGCAAGCCAAGGGCGCUGGUUAUGCGAUACUCCAGAUGCAUGUGCAAUACAAUGUGGAUAUAGAAAAGUUCCAGACCAAGCCACCAGUGCCAGCGUUCUCACUCCACACCAAAGCUAUCUUCCAUGGCAGAAAUCAGUCGCAUAUAUCUUAUGUUGCCUGUCAACACUGGAUAAAUACGCAAGAAGCCGAGCGUUCGGGCAUGGCUGUGCUGGAUGUAGCCAUACCCACUGGCUAUUGGAUGCAACAACAAAAGCUGGACACCUAUGUGCUCAGCAAUCGUGUGAGAAAUUUGCGACGUGCGCGUUAUCUAGAGCGCAAAGUAGUCUUCUAUUUUGAUUUUCUGGAUCAUGAGGAUAUUUGUGUUAACUUUACCAUUGAGCGCUGGUAUCCAGUAGCAAAUAUGUCGCGUUAUUUGCCUGUGCGCGUCUAUGAUUACUAUGCGCCUGAGCGCUUUAAUGAGUCCAUCUUUGAUGCUUUGCCUACGUAUCUGCUCAACAUUUGCGAGGUCUGCGGCAGCUCACAGUGUCCUUACUGUUCCAUCUACAAUAUGGGCUGGCGUGCCUCCAUGUCAUUCUCUCUGCUCUUCUUUAGUGUCUUUGUAUAUCUGCUGCGCAGUCGUACGCAUCUAGUGCUCAAUAUGCUGCAGCUAUAUACCUAAGCUAUAUCUCCAUACACUCUCUAAACUUUAGUUAACAAUACGUCGCCACCCACACACACGAUUUACAUGUUGAGUUCAUUUUAGUUUUUUAUUUACGAAAUUACAUUCCGUCUUUUGAUGUUAAACAAAACGAAUAUUGUACAAAGCAGGAGCAGCAGUCAAUACAGCAAACAUUAUAGUUUUAAUACAUAAGCAAUGAAACUCGAAUCAAAACAACAACAAAACAAACAACAAAUGCGCUUUCAAAAAGCCGCAACUACAACAAAGUGUCUUGAAAAAACUCACAAAUUGCCUUUAUUAGCUUGUAGCAAUUGUUUUUUAUGUUUUUCCUUUUCUGUCUAAAGCAUGCAUAUCACUCAAAAUGAAUCUAUAUAUUUACAAACAAAUUAAUAACGUUUAAGGAACCGUCCAACAAAGAAAUACUGUAAACAAACUGAAUAAUGAAUCUAAUUAGCUAAUAAGUUUUAUAUGUACUUUUGAAGCAAAUAGCACCACCUUUGCCUUACAACUUUUGUAUAUUAUAUACAUAUACAUACGAUUAUAUAGCCAUGUAACACGUGUAGCUAACGAUGCUCUCUAUCACUUUUUAUAUAUAGAGUAACGACUCCGUCCCCGCUUGAGAGUUAGAAAAUUUAAACUUGAAAGUGAAAAAAAUUAUAUCUGUAUUUUAAAUGUUUUUACUGUAACUGAUGAAAAU